ACAAUAUUUCCUAUAACCAGAAAAACACACUGCCAUGAAAAUGGAAUCUUGGUUGUCCAAGUUUACCUAUUUGCAUUGUCUUCUUUUGCUAUUACUCAAUGCUACUCACUAUUUUUCAUUUGUGCAGACUCAGACACAGACACUUUGCCAUGUUGACGAGCAAUCAUUCUUGUUACAAUUCAAGGAAAGCUUUACGAUAGACAAGUCAGCUUCUUCAUCUCCUUUUGCUUAUCCGAAGGUUGCAUCUUGGGCUCAAGAAGGAGAUCAGAAUCAGAGUAACUGUUGUUUGUGGGAUGGUGUUAAGUGCCAUGCGGAGUCUGGCCGUGUCAUUGGCCUUGACCUCAAGAGCAGCUGUCUCUAUGGUUUUAUCAAUUCCAACAGCACCCUUUUCCAACUUGUUCACUUGCAGAUGCUUGACCUCUCAGAUAACAACUUCAAUUCCUCUGAAGUACCAUCGAGAUUGGGCCAUGACCUUUCGAGUAUAUCAUAUCUUAACCUUUCACUGUCUGCAUUUUCUGGCCAAAUUCCAUCUGAAAUUUCAAAGCUAUCCAAACUGUCUACCCUUGAUCUGUCUCAAAAUAAUGGUUUGGAGCUUAGGAAGUCCAACAUGAGAAUCCUAGUCCAAAACUUGACCAACAUAAAACAACUUCAUCUUAAUGAUGUAGGCAUAUACUCCAUUGUGCCUGAUAUCUUGGUCAACGCAUCUUCUCUCACAUCUCUCAAUCUAAGCUACUGUGGGUUGAAUGGGGAAUUCCCAGUUGGCAUUUUCCACCUACCAAACCUAGAAGAGCUUAUAUUAUACUCGAAUACAGACCUAAAUGGUUAUUUUCCUACUUUUAACAGGACCAAUUCCUUCAAAACAUUGGAUGUUUCUUGGACGAAUUUCUCUGGUGAACUUCCUAGUUCUAUCGGAAACCUUCAUUCCUUAAAUUACUUUGAUAUCUAUCUCAUACAGUGGUUUUGA